CCUCACCACGCCUGCGCAAAGAAAUACAAGAUGGCGGAGGGUGCGGAAUUGAAGCAAAUGGUGAUGAGCCUGCGGGUGUCUGAGCUGCAGGUGCUGCUGGGCUACGCUGGACGCAACAAGCACGGACGCAAGCAUGAGCUGCUGACCAAGGCGCUGCAUCUGCUGAAGGCUGGCUGCAACCCCGCCGUGCACAUGAAGAUCAAAGAGCUCUACCGACGACGCUUCCCUGCCAAAAUGGUAUCCCACUCAGAACUGGCCAUGCCCGGGCCACACCACCCGGCCACAGCUGUAGUGGUUGGAGGAGGGGGCGCCGCGCUGCCUGCUGGCAUGACACAGCUGGCGUAUGAGGGUCACGCCGGUCACGGUGGAGCCCCGUCGCCCGCUGCCUUACUGCCCCUCUCACUGCUUGGCCCUGGGAAGCACGAGUUAACGGGGCUGACACACCACCUGUCCAGCUCAGCAACGCUGCACCCGGUCCACCCAGAUGUCAAGCUCCAGAGGCUGCCCUUCUACGACAUGCUGGACGAGCUCAUCAAGCCAACCAGUCUAGCAUCAGACAACAGCCAGCGAUUUCAGGAGACGUGUUUCGCCUUUGCAUUAACGCCACAACAAGUCCAGCAGAUCAGCAGCUCAAUGGACAUCUCGGGGACCAAAUGUGAUUUCUCAGUUCAAGUUCAGUUGCGCUUUUGCCUGUCGGAGACGAGCUGUCCUCAGGAAGACCAUUUUCCACCCAAUCUGUGUGUGAAAGUCAACGGGAAGCCAUGUAACCUGCCGGGUUAUCUUCCUCCAACCAAAAACGGCGUAGAGCCCAAGCGGCCCAGCCGGCCCAUCAACAUUACCUCACUGGUCAGAUUGUCCACCACAGUUCCCAAUACCAUUGUGGUGUCGUGGACCGCUGAGAUUGGAAGGAAUUACUCCAUGGCAGUGUACUUGGUGAAGCAGCAGUCAUCCACAGUGUUGUUACAGAGACUACGAGCAAAAGGCAUCAGAAACCCGGACCACUCCAGAGCACUCAUCAAAGAGAAGCUAACAGCAGAUCCAGACAGUGAAAUAGCCACGACCAGCCUUCGAGUGUCGCUGCUCUGCCCGCUGGGGAAGAUGCGGCUGAUGAUCCCAUGCCGGGCCCUGACAUGCUCCCACCUGCAGUGCUUUGACGCCACACUGUACAUCCAGAUGAACGAGAAGAAGCCCACCUGGGUGUGUCCUGUCUGUGACAAGAAGGCUCCCUAUGAACACCUCAUCAUUGACGGGCUUUUUGUUGAGAUUCUCAACAGCUGCAUGGACUGUGAUGAGAUCCAGUUCAAGGAGGAUGGCAAUUGGGCCCCCAUGAGGUCUAAGAAGGAAGUGCAGGAGGUGUCCUCUGCUACCUAUAACAACGGGCUGGACGGUUCCAGUCGGACGUCCGCAGGCUCAGAUCAGCGGAGCUCUUCGUCGUCCAGCCACGGUGGUAGCGACAGCAGCAACAGCAAGAGAGUGGAGGUGAUCGACUUGACACUGGACAGCUCCUCAGACGACGAAGGACCGGACUCACCACCUCCACCGCCACCACCACUGCCUCCCCCACCCAAAAGACCAUGUCCCUCUGUAUCCCCGACCUCGCCACCCAUCAUCAACAAAGGAGUGUUGAACCUGCACCACCAGGCCUCUCCUGUGAGCCGCACUCCCAGCAUGCCAGCCGUGGACACCAGCUACAUCCCUCCCGUCCCCCCACUCAUCCAGGACUAUAGACCCUACUACCACACCCCCAACGACCUGUCAGAGUUGAACUUCUUCUCUUUUCUUCAAAGCGACAAUCAUCAGCAUUACAGCAUGGUGAUGGCAGCAGCGGCCGCCGCUUCAGCGUCAGACGACCACGAGCUGCUUCUCAACCGCUUCCUGCCCUACAGCACCUCCUCCUCCUCGUCCCAGCUGUUCCUCGACCAAUCAGGAGCCUCCUCGGCCCCUUCGCUGACCGCGCCGACCAACGGGGCGAGCAACUCGGGCAGCAGCAGCAGCCUGGUGUCGUCCAGCAGCCUCCGCGACGCUCACUCCACACACUCGUCUUCACACUCGGGCUCACACUCCUCACACUCACACCCCGGGGUUUUGGCCAGCCGGAGCAGCGCUGAAGCAGCAGUGGCAGCCAUUUACGGUGGGAUACCCGACGUUAUAUCGUUGGACUGACUCUAGAAGAGUCAAGGCUAAACUAAGGGUCCAGCUGCAAUCCAGUAACAGGCUUUUUGACUGCAGGGUAAAGUUUGAUCCAGAAACUAGACUGGCCCCGAGUCAUAAAACUCAAAGUAUUUGUGGAGUCAUAAUAACAAGACUGCCUCAAGAAGAGCAUUAAUAUUCUUAACAGGCAUGAGGGUUCCCUUCACCAGACUGAGAACAGUACUGAGUCAUCACUUAAACGGGUCAGCUGUGGACAUUCUGUUUGUUUAUAUACUGACUUCAGAUCAGAAACCUGUCCAGCAUGUGAACCCACGCAACUGCGAUACUGGCACCAACCCGGCACAAGCGGCAAAGACGCUACCUGAACACAAACACAAAGGAGGACGGCGCUUUUUUUAAUGAAAACAAGGAGUGGCACCGUGUACAGAGAACAAAAUAUAUUUUCCUCUUUUACUUUUGUAUGUUACAUUGGGACAUUUACAGUCUAAUGAGCUGCUCCAAUUGCUGUUUUUACGACUGAGGUUGUUUUGGUUUUAUUUUCCUCUCACAAAGCUUAUACAUCAGCCUGUUGCAAUGUGGUUUUUCCUCUCUUUUAUCCAGCUUUACAUUUUGUUUGCAUUUCUUCAAUAGAAUCUUUAAAUCUCUUCUUCAAGCUCUUUUUUUAAAAUUCAUAUUGUAUUAUUUCCCUGUCCAAUGACAGUAACACUGAAUUUAGAGUUCAUUCAAGUACUAAUCAUUUUUAUUAUGCUUUUAAGUUAUGUAUGAUAUUUAAACUGUUAUAAAUAUACUAUAUAUAUGCAUUCCCUUUGACCUUUAAGUUAAUGCUGUGGGGAGUGUGUAGUUGGAAAUUAGCCAUUUGUGGUUUUUCAUUUUCACUCAUGAUUUCCAACUCCUCACAAAGACUUUGCCGGCAUUCAGCAUUUAGAAAUGAAGACUUUUAGACUAUUUAUACUCGCCAAUUUACAGUUUUGAGCUGGAAGAGUUUCUUUUGUUUUCCUUUUAUUUUGCACAAUGCCAAAAAUAAGAUACGGUACCUAUGAAAAUGAUCACAAUAAUCAAGAGUGCAGUUGAAUCUGUGUGCCACAUUGUUUUCAGUCCAAGUGUCCACAUCUUCGGCAGGUGGUUAUUGAGACACUUCAACUGUGUGUCCUUUUGUCUCUGGUUUUCUCAGUUUCACGGUUGUUGUUAUUUUUUUUGCUUGUCUGUCAAAGAGGAAUUACAGUGAAGGUCA